AUGAUGGAAUACACAGCAUCAGUAACACUUACUACACUUGUAAUAGCAUCCGUUAUGCCAGCUUCUAUACAAAUUACUAGCCCCACUGAGAUAACUUCAUCUAGCCCCACUGAGAUAACUUCAUCUAGCCCCACUGAGAUAACUUCAUCUAGCCCCACUGAGAUAACUUCAUCUAGCCCCACUGAGAUAACUUCAUCUAGCCCCACUGAGAUAACUUCAUGUAGCCCCACUGAGAUAACUUCAUCCAGCCCCACUGAGAUAACUUCAUCUAGCCCCGCUGAGAUAACUUCAUCUAGCCCCACUGAGAUAACUUCAUCUAGCCCCACUGAGAUAACUUCAUCUAGCCCCACUGAGAUAACUUCAUCUAGCCCCACUGAGAUAACUUCAUCUAGCCCCACUGCGAUAACUUCAUCUAGCCCCACUGAGAUAACUUCAUCUAGCGUUACUGAGACUUCAUCUAGCACCAGUAAGACACCUUUAUCUAGCCCCACUGAGAUAACUUCAUCUAGCGUUACUGAGACUUCAUCUAGCACCAGUAAGACACCUUUAUCUAGCCCCACUGAGAUAACUUCAUCCAGCCCCACUGAGAUAACUUCAUCUAGCGUUACUGAGACUUCAUCUAGCACCAGUAAGACACCUUUAUCUAGCCCCACUGAGAUAACUUCAUCCAGCCCCACUGAGAUAACUUCAUCUAGCGUUACUGAGACUUCAUCUAGCACCAGUAAGACACCUUUAUCUAGCCCCACUGAGAUAACUUCAUCCAGCCCCACUGAGAUAACUUCAUCUAGCGUUACUGAGACUUCAUCUAGCACCAGUAAGACACCUUUAUCUAGCCCCACUGAGAUAACUUCAUCCAGCCCCACUGAGAUAACUUCAUCUAGCGUUACUGAGACUUCAUCUAGCACCAGUAAGACACCUUUAUCUAGCCCCACUGAGAUAACUUCAUCCAGCCCCACUGAGAUAACUUCAUCUAGCGUUACUGAGACUUCAUCUAGCACCAGUAAGACACCUUUAUCUAGCCCCACUGAGAUAACUUCAUCCAGCCCCACUGAGAUAACUUCAUCUAGCGUUACUGAGACUUCAUCUAGCACCAGUAAGACACCUUUAUCUAGCCCCACUGAGAUAACUUCAUCCAGCCCCACUGAGAUAACUUCAUCUAGCGUUACUGAGACUUCAUCUAGCACCAGUAAGACACCUUUAUCUAGCCCCACUGAGAUAACUUCAUCCAGCCCCACUGAGAUAACUUCAUCUAGCGUUACUGAGACUUCAUCUAGCACCAGUAAGACACCUUUAUCUAGCCCCACUGAGAUAACUUCAUCCAGCCCCACUGAGAUAACUUCAUCUAGCGUUACUGAGACUUCAUCUAGCACCAGUAAGACACCUUUAUCUAGCCCCACUGAGAUAACUUCAUCCAGCCCCACUGAGAUAACUUCAUCUAGCGUUACUGAGACUUCAUCUAGCACCAGUAAGACACCUUUAUCCAGCCCCACUGAGAUAACUUCAUCCAGCCCCACUGAGAUAACUUCAUCUAGCGUUACUGAGACUUCAUCUAGCACCAGUAAGACACCUUUAUCUAGCCCCACUGAGAUAACUUCAUCCAGCCCCACUGAGAUAACUUCAUCUAGCGUUACUGAGACUUCAUCUAGCACCAGUAAGACACCUUUAUCUAGCCCCACUGAGAUAACUUCAUCCAGCCCCACUGAGAUAACUUCAUCUAGCGUUACUGAGACUUCAUCUAGCACCAGUAAGACACCUUUAUCUAGCCCCACUGAGAUAACUUCAUCCAGCCCCACUGAGAUAACUUCAUCUAGCGUUACUGAGACUUCAUCUAGCACCAGUAAGACACCUUUAUCUAGCCCCACUGAGAUAACUUCAUCUAGCGUUACUGAGACUUCAUCUAGCACCAGUAAGACACCUUUAUCUAGCCCCACUGAGAUAACUUCAUCUAGCGUUACUGAGACUUCAUCUAGCACCAGUAAGACACCUUUAUCUAGCCCCCCUUUGACAUUUCCUAAAAUAACUUCCCACACCACACCGUCUACAGGAUAUGCUAAAAGUACAAAUAUUAUUUUGAGAACCAACUACACCGUGACACGUUUAAUUACUCUCAUUACUGAGGCCACAAUUCUAGCCACGAACAAAUUACCCACUACAGCUUAUAACAGCAUCGAUACACAGACAGCAGCAACUUUAGAUACGACUCAGAAUAAAACCUUGACAAGGCUACUAAAUGGUAAGCAUCUACCUUUAAGUUAUUCCGAUUUUGUAACAAUGUCUAGUACACCUGAAUAUUUGUUUUCGUUUUAA